AACAAGAGACCACCAUCGAAACUCGAAUUCUGCGAUUACAAAUCACGAGAUCAAGAGACUACGAUCGAAACACAAAAUCUUAAGGAACGUUUCAUGUUUGAUCUCACGGACCAGUUUGACAUGGAUGAUCCACGGGCUGUGCAUGACGUGAAGGAUGAACGGGUGAAAGGCGAAUCCGCG